AUGACCCGCUACCGCACAUCAAAGUAUAAAGGCCCUAGCCGAUAUGAAGACCUCAGUCGAUACGAGGAUGUCCUCGGCCAACUGCCCAUGCUGCAGGUCUAUACCCACAUCUUACUCCUUUUCACUAUACCCGAAGGCAUAACCCGUGAUGACAUCGUAUCUGACCUGAUAUCGGCUGUCGCUAUGAUCCGCGAGAAGGUGCCAUGGAUGGCUGGAAAAGUGAUCAAUAUUGAUAAAAGUCCUGGUAAUUCAGGGAGGUAUAUCGUUGUGCCUUGCCCGGCCCCUGACAGGCUCGUUGAAGUCAAGGACGUCUCACAUGUGCUUCCUUCAUAUCCGGAAAUCCAGCGAUUGAAGGCUCCGAACUACUUACUGGACUCCCAUCUGCUGGCACCCACUACGGCAUUCCCUCAGCGGUUCGAAGACUCUGAGGAGGAUCCCUCCCGUGUGAUCCGCCUUCAGGCGAACUUUGUCGACGGGGGUGUGCUUAUUGAUUUUGCAAUCCAACACAAUAUGACGGACGGCGGGGGUGUAUUUGGCUUUGCCCGGCUCGUUGCUCAAGCUAUGCGUGGGGAACAGUUCUCCGACGAUCUGCUGGAGAAGAUAAAUUGUGAUAGACGCAAUAUUGUCCCCCUUCUGCGUCCGGAGGAGCCGAUGCUAGACCAUAGUCAUUACCUGCGCCCUCCCGGUGGAAAUGUGCAGCUUGUGGGCUGCCCAGAAUUAGCCCAGUGGCAUGUUGUACGCCUGGCUGCAGCCAAGGUGACUGAUCUCAAGACAUGGGCCACUCCGCCGCCAGAAGAGUCAGAUUCAGAUGUGCCAUUCAUCACAGCCGACGACGCUAUAAGUGCGUUUUUCUGGAAAAAGCUCACAAUGGUGCGGAACCAGCGAGGUAAUACGCCUGAAGACCGAUCACGGUUCUCGCGUGCUAUGGAUGGCCGCAAAUUGCUGGGUAUAUCAGCGGAGUACAUGGGCGAUCUUGUCCACAAUGUGGCAGCUUGGCUAUCCUUUCGUGAACUAGUCGAACUGCCACUCUACGCGAUAGCAUGCCACCUUCGCCGGGAAUUGAACCAUGCAAACACAGCGUAUCAUGUGCGAAGCUUCGCAACGUUCAUCGCACAGCAACCGGACAAAUCAACAAUUACCUAUGCCGGGGCCUUCAAUCCCGAUACAGAUGUAGGAAUGUCCUCGCUCUCGCGGGCAGAUGUUAUGCAUCAUAAGUUUGGAAUACUCGGCCGCCCCGACUUCGUACGACGGCCUAAUUUCUCUGAAAAUGUAUUACCCAGCCUGCUAUAUAUCUUUCCAAUGCGACGGGAGGGAGACUUGGAGAUGCUUAUUGGUUUGACUGAUGCUGACAUGGAGGCAUUGAGACAUGAUCCGGAGUGGACUCAUGUGGUAGAGUAUAUUGGAUGA